UGUAAAUGAAAGCCAUGAAACACUGACAUGUGAAACGAAAGCGAAACACAGAUGCACAUUUAAUAAUUUCCUCGCUGAACCUGAAGGUCCUCACAGACCGAACUCAGCCGGCGCCAUCGGAGGAACUUAGAGUGAUACUGACAUGAUGCAGUACCAGUGGGCCGAAGACGACUUUGACGUGCCCUUUGGGGUGGGUCGACUGGGCCUCACCGAGCCACGCAGCGGUCAAAGAUACGUCAUGUACCACGGCACCACCAGACAGAACGCUAAAGCCAUCCUGGCGUGCGGUUUCCGCCAGUCUGCAGACGGGAUGCUGGGCCGCGGCGUCUACCUCAGCAGAGACCUGCAGAAAGCCAGUCGCUAUCCCAUCGAUCACCCAGAGCACGACAAGGUCGUCAUCAAGGUUCAGGUCAACGUGGGGAAGGUGAUCGCCAUCAAUUAUCAAGGCCACCCGCUUCAGAAAACCUGGCAUGAGCACGGCUAUGACACGGCCUGGGUGCCGCCCCGCUGUGGGAUGGUGAAGAGCGGUUUGGAGGAGGAUUGUGUCUGGGAUCCCAACCGAGUCCGGAUCCUGAAAGCCAUCAACCCAAAGCCAGUCCACGGUCAAAGAUACGUCAUGUACCACGGCACCACCAGACAGAACGCUAAAGCCAUCCUGGCGUGCGGUUUCCGCCAGUCUGCAGACGGGAUGCUGGGCCGCGGCGUCUACCUCAGCAGAGACCUGCAGAAAGCCAGUCGCUAUCCCAUCGAUCACCCAGAGCACGACAAGGUCGUCAUCAAGGUUCAGGUCAACGUGGGGAAGGUGAUCGCCAUCAAUUAUCAAGGCCACCCGCUUCAGAAAACCUGGCAUGAGCACGGCUAUGACACGGCCUGGGUGCCGCCCCGCUGUGGGAUGGUGAAGAGCGGUUUGGAGGAGGAUUGUGUCUGGGAUCCCAACCGAGUCCGGAUCCUGAAAGCCAUCAACCCAAAGCCAGUCCAGUGGUGCGGUGCAGAGGGCUACAUGUGAGCUUCACCAGCAGCUGCCAGUUUAUUUUAUACGUUCAGAUGUAUUUUUCUAUGUUUGGAUAAGAAGUAAAUUGCGUUUAAUUUGUUACUGUGUGGUAACCUGAGAAAUAAAUCUGAUUUUUGA